UUUAAACAUAAUGUGGGUGACAACAACCUGGAUAAAUCGCUAUUUUUAUAGGCAGUUAUUUAAAAGAAAUAUAAAAAAACAGCCAAAAUAAGCUUUAAUUAAGAUGUGAAUCUGAAUGGAUAAUUAGAAUUUUAAAUAUGUGUUAGGAAGAACUGGCAAAACCUUUGCAUUAAUGUUGUUUAAGGUCAAAGAAAAUGAAUUGUUUAGGUCAUAAAAACCAUGAAAACAAACAUUAUAAUACUCAUGGAAAGAUUGAGGAAAUACUUGUUUUGCCAUUUUGGAAAGUAAUGCUCCAAGUUGAAAAACCAAUGAGCUUGAAUGUUUGACUUAACACUGGAAUUUUUAAAACUUGAAAACAUUUUGAAUCAAAUUGUGAAAAGGAGAAGCUCUGUCAAUUUAUUUCAAUUUUAUAUAAUCUCUAAGCUGUUUAUCUUAAUCAAAACUCAAAGCAAUUAUGCCAGUGUUUUUUCUCACUUAAAUGGGCUUUUGGAAAAAAUCAUCACUCAAAUUGAUAAUUUGGGAAGAAAGAGCUGGUGAAAGUUCAGAAGUUUCAGAAAACUGCAUGAUAUUAAUGAAAAUUUAUAUUGGUAAGAGAGCUUUUAUUGGUCUUCGUGAUAUGUAUGGUGAAAAAUCACUGCAUACAUCUAUAUAAAGACAAAAUCUAACCUCAGACAUUAAACCAUCAAACAUGGACCAGAAGGAACGGCGAGCCUUGGACAAAUGCUUCGAUGGAUUUCUCCGUGACCUUGACCCAUCCACAUCAUUCAUACAUUCCUUGUAUGCAGAGGGUGUCCUUACUGAGGAACAAAUGGACAGAAUCAGUAAAAUCUCUUCAAGAGAGACCCAGGUAGCCAUGUUGAUUAGAUUCCUCCCUCAUCGUGGACCAAAUGCCUUUACUGUGUUCAAAGACAAGCUUGAGAAGGACUAUCCCUGGCUUGCCCAGAGGCUUGCAGAUGAGCUAAAGAAGCUUCAAAGUGGUCAAGCAAGCAUUAAUAAGAGACUGGUAACUACAAUAGAAACAAAGCUUGUUCCACUGGUAUAUUCUGGAGGAGCAGGUUUUGAUAUGUGCGAUGAAAAAGCACACCCUGGUGUCAUUAUAGAAAAACUUGGUGAUUUGUUAAACAGUCUUGAACUGAAGUGUCACAAAGCUCUUGAUAUAACAGCAAUUGGAAAGCACAAAACUCCAAUACAUAAACUCAUAGAAGAUAGACUAAGACAAGAGAAGAGGAAGGAAGGUAAUGAAGAUGUAGAUGACCUUAACAAAGAGGUUAAAGACUUGAAACGGCAAGUCAGAGAGAUGACUAAGCUGAAAUCUGAAAAUGAAAAACUGAAAACUGUUAUAUCUAGACAGAAGGAGAAGCUAAAAGACUACAAUAAAAUGUCAAGAGAUUCUAAAAGACAUAAGCAGGAUAUGGAGAAGUUUAAGAAGGAGACUGAAAUGUUAAGAUAUGAGGUAGAGACAUUGAGAGAGCAGCUUAGGAGUAAUAUAUCUAACCCUUAUGCUUAAAGCUGUUCAUUGAAGUAAACUGGGAAUGUAAAACCAGUUUUUUUCUUUUACUCGACUUUGUCAUCUAAUAUACUCUUAGAUUACAAGGGUUGUUCAAAAUUAAAAAGGACUCAAGAGUAUGGCAUCUUUAUAAUCCAUUUACUAAUGAAACUUUUUUAAUGUAAAUUUUUUCGAAGAGUGGGGGAAGAAUUUGAACAUUUUAUUUCUCCCUUCAUCACCACAAAUGAGGACUGGCUAUAGUUACAUGAUCAAGAAACCUUGUGCACUCGGGGAGAAAACUUUCAGAAAUAAUGAUGUUUGUUGCAAUUUGUAUUCAUUUUGGCAACAGCAUGAAUGUCAUUCACUGUAUUGUUGUUGUGCUCCGUGUCACAUACCCCUUGUUAUUUAUAAUUUUUACAGAAUUGUUACACUUAAACAUAUUGUAUUGAUUUUUUUCACUGUAUAUAAAGAAAAUAUGUGCCCAUAAUUAUGUCUUUUGUAAAACUGUGUACCGAAUUAAAGGAUGUAACAGUAGAGCU